GCUGUCGUUUGCCACAGAACCGCCCGUUACGCCGAGUGAGUCGCUGGAAUACCGUUCGUGCCGCAGCAAGGUAGAGCUGAGUGUUAUAUUUUUUUGCCGUGUGUUUUUUGCGUGCUCUUGUGGCCUGAUAGUGUCGCGCGCCUGGUGUGCAAUAUUGUUUAAACACGAACAGCCGAAAUAAACUGCUGCUGAGCCACAAAUUUGAACCGCAGGACACAUCAGCCACUUCCAGUGAGUGGCAAAGAAGAGGGGGAAAACCCCCAGAGAGCCCAGCGCGAGCGCCCAGAGAUCGCUCAGAGAAAACGUAAAGUGCGGAAAGUGCGGAAAGAAAAGUAGGAAGAACCGCAACUAUAAAACUUCGUCGCAAGAUCACAGAACGGAUCGCAUCAUGACUUUCUAUUGGUGGUCACAUUGGUUCUGGAUAACCUGCCUCAGCGUUCAAUUGCUGUCCAGCCAUGUCCACACAUAUCCCAGCAGACAACAGGAGGCGGCGGCGGCGGCGGCGGCGACACAGCCUGUGGCGCGGCAGACCACCAAGCUAUACCAGACGACAGUCAGCCAGACGUGGUCGACGGCCACGCAGAGCAACAUCAUGGAUCUGACCAAUAGGCCAACAACUGCUGCAGCGGCGCUUGCUGUGACGCCUGUUUAUGCCGCUGAUGAAGAUGAGGAUGAGGAGCAGGAUGAGGAAGAUCAGCAUGAGGAUCUGCUGCUAAAUGAGGGAGAGGAACAGGAGGAAAAGGAGGAACAGGAGGAACAGGAGGAGCAGCAGCAGGCAGAUGCUGCUGAAGUGCAGCAGACUGUGGCUCAGUACGAGUUCAAGCGUUCGGCGGAUUUUACCUCCGAGCAGCUCAACAAUUUUACGAAUUUUAGCAGUAGCACAAGUACAAAUGACAGCAGCAGCAACGGCAGCAGCACUUUGAAGCCCACAAUGCAGCUGAACAGCAGCAGCAACAGUCCAGUCACAACAACAACAAGAAGAACAACAACAACCACAACGACAGCAGCCAGCACAUCCUCCAGCGCAUCCUCCUCUGCAUCCUCAUUAGCUGCCACAACAACAACAGCAAGCACAGAAGCAGCAUCCACAACUGGUGUGGCAAUGGCAGUUGCUGUCGCUGCGGCUGGGGCUGGGGCUGCGGCUGCUGCCACAGUGACAACACCAUUGACAUCAUCGGCCACACCCUCAACACCGAAAAUCAACACGGAAUGGCUGUCCGAUGAGCUGGAGCUGGAGCAUGGCGAGAAGGCGCCCUUCACGCUGGAGAACGCCAACAAAGAGGAGGAGCUGCGCCGCGCCGAGAGCGAGCAUCGUUCGCGCAAAUCGAAGGUGCUGUCCGCCGAAUAUAAGCACAUCAAUCGCUACAUUAACUUCUCCAGCGACACAAAGAGUCUGCUGACGCGUUCGGCCUCGUCGGCGCCCAGUGUGGCCGAUGGCUACGAUGGGGCCAACGAGGAGGGUAACAUUUCAUCCGAGGCACUGGCCAUACAGCGUACAUAUUUCCUGGAUGCUGGCGCCAUUUCGGCCAUUUGUUUCACUGUCUUUGGCAUCUGCUGCACUGUGGGCACCAUUGGCAUUGUGCUCUACCGUCGACGGUUUCUGAACAAGCCGCAGGCACUGAGCGAACCCGAUUCCAGUGUCUAUAUCGAUGAUAGCACCAUGCGGGUGAGUGACAACUCCGAUGAGAUGUACAGCCUGGACAAUGAUUCGUUUCUCAAUUCGCUGGAGGCGAUGACAAUACAAAACUACUGGACGGACACGGUCAAACAUACAAAGCUUUAAUUUCCGAAGCGUAGGGAUACGACCGCCCUGCCUUCUACUAUUUUUUUUUUUUUGUUUCUUGUGACCCUCUCUCUCUUCCCCCCCCCACAUCAUAAUCAUUAAGUAGCGUAGCAUCUAAGUGGCGCCCACUCGGGGCUGGGUGUGUAUUGUAUUUACUAAUGUUAGGCACAACCAAAACGAGCAACUAGUUUAAGCCAAAAACUACCAAAAUUAUGUUUAAACACAAAAAAAUAGAAUUUAAGUGCGCAAAGAAUUUUUAUGUUGAACUUCCGCCACCCCCAACCCUCCUCAGUCACCCACGCAUACUCUCUGUGAACUCUGAACUACUGUGCACCCUACCCACUACCCCCUACUCCUAUCUACUAUUAGUUAAUUAUUUUAAUACGUAUUUAUAUUGUUAUCCAUUGUGUCCUACCCUACCCUACCCUUAACCCCUUCACACCUUAUGUUUAAAACAGUACAAUAUGCAUAAAAUAUUUGUUAAGUUAAUGUCCAACAAUUAAAACGCAAUCAUUCCUUCCAGUUUAGCGUAUAGUGCAAAACUUUAAUAUGUAAUUAUUGUAUUAAAACUGAAACAAACAAACAAACAUAUACAGCAGCAAUUCAACAUAAAGAAGAAACAUUGUUUCAUUAUAUGGUAGUAUCUAUAGAGAAUAAAAACCCAAUAAACACC